UUUUAUAAAUAAAAAAAAAAAAACUCAAAGUCCUCUAGAGAGAGAGAGAGAGAGAGAGAGACCGCCAUGGCUGCUCGCAAGAGAGCUUCAACGGACUCAUCCGCAGAACGACAACAGCCAAAAGAAACGUCGCAGAGCAAACCCCAAGGCUCGAACGACCCUCCAAUAGCGCCGCCCAAGUCAGGCGUGAUCCUGAAGCUCUCGUUUUUCUUCUUAGUCCCUUACUUUUACCUGAUCUUCUACCAUUACAAGAUCGAUUCGGAGCUCAAGAAGUCGAUUCUCAUAAAUGCUGGUCUCAGCCUCGCUGGCUUCUUCGUCACCGUUAAGUUGAUCCCUGUCGCUUCCAGAUACGUUCUGAGGCGAAAUCUCUUUGGAUAUGAUAUCAAUAAGAAGGGCACUCCUCAGGGCACUGUCAAAGUGCCAGAGUCAUUGGGUAUUGCCAUUGGAAUUGUCUUCAUGGUCUUGGCAAUCUUGUUUCAGUAUUUUAACUUUACAGCCGAUUCAAAUUGGCUUGUUGAGUACAAUGCGGCAUUAGCAUCCAUAUGUUUCAUGUUAUUGCUUGGAUUUGUGGAUGAUGUCCUUGAUGUCCCUUGGAGGGUGAAACUAAUACUGCCGUCGUUUGCUGCUCUUCCUCUGCUGAUGGCCUAUGCUGGACAUACAACUAUCAUUAUACCAAAGCCUCUCAUUCCAUAUGUGGGGCUGGAGCUUUUGGAUCUAGGAUGGAUAUAUAAACUAUAUAUGGGAUUGUUGGCGGUCUUUUGUACAAACUCCAUCAAUAUACAUGCUGGUUUGAAUGGUCUUGAAGUUGGGCAAACCGUUGUCAUCUCAUCUGCUAUUGUGAUACACAAUAUCAUGCAAAUUGGGGCAUCUACUGAUCCCGAGUAUAAGCAGGCGCAUGCGUUCUCUAUUUAUCUGGUUCAGCCUUUACUGGCCACUUCCUUGGGUUUGCUCUCUUACAAUUGGUAUCCUUCUUCAGUGUUUGUUGGGGAUACUUAUACAUACUUUGCUGGAAUGACUAUGGCUGUGGUUGGGAUUUUAGGCCAUUUUAGUGAAACACUCUUGAUUUUCUUUGCUCCUCAAGUUCUGAACUUCCUCUUAUCACUUCCCCAGCUUGCUGGCAUAGUUCCAUGUCCACGGCACCGCCUGCCCCGGUUUGAUCCUCAGACGAAACUAUUGACGGGUACAAAUGACGGGACACUUGUUAACUUCUUUCUGAGACAGUUUGGCAGGAUGUCAGAGAAGUCGCUCUGCAUCUAUCUACUUGUUUUUCAGGCCAUUGCAUGCUUCUUCUGCUUCCUGCUGGGGUACUUCCUUGCUGGUUGGUACAAAUGAGGCAGCAAACAGUGAAACAAGCUUAUUGUUAUUUAACAUCCAGGAAACUUUGCUCACUGGGUUUUGUUGGAAUGUUUACCAAUCCUGCUGUAGAGUAUCACUCUGUACACUGGUGAAAUAGAGAAAAUUUUCUUAGAUUCUUGAGGAAAAUGACAGCCUCAUGAAAGAAGGAACAGAGAAAAAAAUAGAUUCUGACACGAAAUAUA